CAUCUUUUCCCCCAAAUUUUAACCAGACUCCCGUUUUAAACCAAUUAAUUCAUUGGCUGACUGAGUCUUAUAAAUGGGUCUUAUAAAUGGCGAAGUCUAUAAGGGGCAGUUUACAGUAAUUCUUGAUCAGCUGACCAAAUGACUGAUUUAUUGAUGAAUGCUGACUGACUACUGACAGACUGAAUGAAUGAAUUAUUGAUUAAGUUAUUGAUUUAGCCUUAACUGUUCAACUCUUAACGCUAAGAACGUAAUAAUAAAUUGCAAAAAAUAGAAAGGGAAAACUCGCAUUAUGCAACGUUUUACCGGCUGUCCAUCCCUCAACGUCCUCGUUUCUUCAAACACUGAGCAUUUUUUUGCAAAUAGGCAAUUCGCAUCUCAAGCAUUUAUAUUAGUGUUCAUGAAACACGAAAAACACAUUUCCAUCACGCUGUGCGAUGUCAGCAAUGACUUUCGAUAGCUCGCCAUUCCCGGUCGCGAAAUUGUCUUUGUACAGCGCAUGCUCUCCACGGGGGAAAUAGCGUUUGGCAGAGUGGGGAGUCGGUAUUUCUGUGACGUUUGCGCUCUCCAUCACAUUUGAACCAAUUAUUCUAUUUGCAUAAUUUAUGAAUUGAGUUCAGCGCGUGUUUAGAACGGCGUUUGCUGAAACGCCGAACCACUGUCGCAUUAUCCGACUUGGCAAGUCAAACUUAAGCUGGGGUCGAACCAAUUAAUUUGAGUCGAACUUAAUUGCGGCAAACGUCGAACCGUUCAUGCGCUUAUUUCAAAAUUAAUAGGUUCGACGAAUUGAGUUCGAGUAAGAUUCGACGUUUGCCCCAAGUUUUAGAUUCCUAAUCAGUACAAAAUGACAACUGACCUAAUCAGUCCUCAGAUACAAUAUUGCUUCAUUGAACUUACCAGUGAUUUUACUUUGCCCCUCUGUUACUGAUAUUAUCAGGAGUUUUUCAUGAGUGGAUGUUACGACAGAGCCAGUACUGAAGUAGAAAUAAUGUGGACAAAUCAACACGGGACCGGCCAAGCGGCGGAUCACUUAGUAAAUUCACAAGUCAUCUUACAAUACAUGUGUCAGCCCUUCCCUGAUGGAGAAAAGCCUUUAUUUGACAUCAACUCACAGUUUAAAUUCGACACUCUUCGAAAUGGCCAGACGAGCCAAGUACCACCGUUUACUCCCUCGCAUCAAGAGAGUUCUAAAGCCGCAAAAACCUACGGAAUACAUGAACCGUACAAUUUCUACCAGUCCUAUAACCGCCGUGAGCGAAACAAAGGUAUAUAAAUCGUUUGUACAAUUAUACACCCUGAAAAUGACUAGUCAGACUGUUUUCUUAUUGUCUUAGGCAUAACUUGUAUGUAAAGUCUCCUGGACUUGAAUUCCUAAGAGCCUGAUACGAGAAAGAAAGUCUCGUCCUUGGCUUGUUAAUUUUCUCCAGUAAAACGAGAAAUUAGGCAUUUUCAAGUCGUUUUCGUGCAAAGAAAUUUAAUAAAAGUGUUUUUGAUCUUUUUCUUUGGCUAUUAACCCUUUAAGCCCUAAUAUCUACAUACAAAUUCUCCAAACUGAUCUUUAUACAUUUUCUUAAAGAAUAAAUUGAGAGAAUUUGACGAAAGAUCAAAGCAUUUUCUCUUAAGCGAUCAAUUUAUUAAUUCUCAUAACCAAAUCUCUUGACAAUCAAUGGAUAUGGUUAGGAGAAAAUUGAUGUUGGACAGCAUUGUAAAUCAUCAUUCUAUCAUUUGAGAAAUAUUGCUAAAAUCCGCAAGUACUUAAGCCAAGAUACAUGUGAAAUCUUAGUCCAUGCAUUUAUUAGUUCGACACUUGAUCACUGUAAUUCCUUAUUACAUGGCCUUCCUAAGUAUCUGUUAGCUAGACUACAGGCAGUUCUGAAUGCUGCAGCUCGUGUUGUCACACUGACACCGAAGCAUGUUCAUAUAACUCCUAUUUUAAUUAAUCUUCAUUGGUUACCAGUUGAGUUUAGAAUAACUUUUAAAGUCCUUUUAUUGGUAUACAAGGCCCUUCAUGGCCUUGCACCUUCUUAUAUUUCUGACCUUUUGAAUUUUAAAACAUACUCUAGGUCAUUGCGUUCUUCAUGUAAAGAAUAUUUAGUGGUUCCAAGAAGCAGAUUGAAAACAUAUGGAGACAGAGCUUUCUCUAUUGCAGGACCUAAAUUGUGGAACGAUUUACCUCUAGAGAUUAGGAAAUGUGCUUCAGUGGCAACUUUUAAGCAAUCCCUUAAAACUUUUUAAUUUAAAUUAGCAUAUAGGUUAUGAGAUUCCUUUUGUUUUAAGAUGUUUUUGAUUUAUAUAGUAGAUAACUUAGGCUAUAUUUGAAUUAUAUUGUAUAUUGUAGAUAUUUUUUAAUUUAGAUUUUUUAUAUUCUAUUUUGUAAUUAGGUAGCGCUUUGGACAAUUAUUGGAUUUUAGCGCUAUAUAAAUAAAAUUAUUAUUGUUAUUUAUUAUUAUUGGGACUUAAAGGGUUAAGGCUAUAUGUUCACACUAUACAAGAUAGCUUUUACUCACGGAUAGGCCCCCAAAAUCAUCAUUUUUGUGAUCAAUUAUCUCACUGUUUUAGUUAUACCACAGUUUCGGUGGUUCGUGGGUACGAGCCGCAAGUCCGCUUCAGUGAACAAGCGAACACAUCUAAGUAUGGUAUCGGCGUCCGUCCUCCUAUUAGCCAUGUUUUGUUGUAAAUAUAUAAACCUGAAGUUUUGAAAACCGGGUUAGCAAAAAAAUCAACUCAUUCUACUACUUGGCAAUUAAAAACUAUGAAAAUCGUUCAAAGUCCGAUUAAAAUUUUUUUUAUUCAUUCGAAAUAUUCCCGAAUUCUGAUUGGCUAAAAGGACACGCAUAUUAAAUUCACCAUAACCAGUUACUGAUGACCAAAUUUAGAACAAUUUUGUGUUUAACGGGGAAAUGACGUGAAAAAUGCAGCGUUCUUACAGGUUAAGGCACCGUGGGAGCGAGGUUGAGUUGUUUUGGUUGUGAAAAUAAAAAUGGUGGACAGUUCACUCGUUUCAAGAGUGAGAACUACAGCUGGAACUAGGCGAAAUAAUAGCCAAAAACAUAGCAAAAACAGCAAGAAGACAACUCGGAGGGCGACAUAUGCUAUUUGGAGAAAAUUUGCGGAGCUGGACAAACCUAAACGUACACUAUCGAAGAUGAACUUAACAACGAUGCAGGUAAGCAUGUUUUAGCUAUGUUUUUAAACUAAGAAUUAGUUUGAAUGAAUAAUAAAGCAAUUAAUGAAUUCGGCUUUCGUAGGAUAUGAAGAAAUAAGCAGAUCGUGGAGGGUGUUAUCCACCUCGGCCUUACACCCUCCUCGAUCUGCUUAAUUCUUCAUAUCCUACGAAAGCCGAAUUCAUUAAUUGCUAAUUACCUGACGCCUGGCAGUAAGUUAGUGGUGCCUAGAAGAAUUUCGGCGAUUCUAAACAAGAAAAAACGUACCUUCCCUUAGGCCUCUAUAUUUUCAUUUCGCUUUUGAUCGGGUGCUACGCGGCGGGGCCUGAGAACUGCUAACAAACAUCAGAACAUCUAAACAGAUAACCAUCAGAUAUAGGUAGCCACCUUGUGUGGGCAGAAAGGAAAGGCUUAGUUAGGAAAUUAUAAACUGUUUGCUUCUUUAGCUUGGUAAGUAAAGGCAUUUUUUCUGUUUAACAGGUUUGUUUACCGCUGACCAAAAACUUAAAGAAGAUCGGGCAAUCUACACGCGGCAAAAUAAUGACGGACCAAGGUAUGGAUAUGAGGUUCCUGAGGAGCGUGAUUACUAUCCAUACUGGGGCCCCAGCCCUUGGAGGGACAUUGCCAUCAUGGUAAGCGAUCAGAAGACCUACGAUUUAAUGAAGAAACAUGUCACCAGUCCCGAUUAUGGCUACAAAUGUGAGUUUAUACCAGUCGCUAGUUAGCACGUUAAGUAGCAUACAGUAAAAUCCGGAGAGUAGGAACCUACCUUUUCCCAAGUUAGCCUAAACAUGUUCUUACAUGAAUGGUAGGUUAUUUAGGUUCUUUAUAAAUUCUUAUUUUGUGAAAAAAAAAUGCAUGCUGGUAGCUAUGAACAAGCAUUUACAAUUAGUGGUAUUAAGCUUAUUUCAUAAAAUCUGCCGGCAAACAAACUUCAGUACAGUGAAACCUGUAUUAAGCGGACACCCUCGGGGAAUGCUGUAGUGUCCGCUUAAUACAGGGUGUCCGCCUAAUACAGAUUUCGAUAGAUAACGUCAUAUGAGGUAUCAAAUGCCAACCAAAUGGACAGUGGAAACGUUUAAAAUACUCCCAGAGACUAUGACGAUAUACGUUUGCAUUAAUUUCUUUAUUAAAGUGGACCAACUGAUCAUAGUACAAUAAACGUAGAUUGCAACUCAAAUUUGAAGAGUGAAACAAGCUCUAUACAAAUAAAACGAAAUAGAAAACAAUCCUGUAGUGUGAAACUAAUCAAAUAAGUUCGUCAAGUCACGUUUUAUAAUGUAAAAAUCGAAAACUUUGUGGGUGGCAAUCUUUCGCAUUUCCUGUGUCUGGCAUGUUGGGUGGUGUCCGUUUAAUACAGGUUUGCAACAAUAGAAAUGACCAUUUCAGGUACUUUUUAGGUGUCCUCGUCCGCUUAAUAGAGGUGUCCGCUUAAUAAAGGUUCAUUUAAAGUAAAUAAGGGAAAUAAAUUUGGGGACUUCGGCUACUGUCCGCUUAAUAGAGGGUGUCCGCUUAAUACAGUGUCCCCUUAAUACAGGUUUCACUGUACUUAAGUAAAAAUGAAUAGGAGAAGAAGGACUGAAGCACUGACCACAUGAGUUUUUAAGUCCUUUUGCCCAAACGUACAGAAUUUCUUUCAUAGAUUUUAGAAAAUGAGAACUGUUUCAAAUUUAGGCUAAACAGGUUAGAGGCACUGCCUUACUGAAACAAUUUAUCCUAACAGGUUCUUAAAACCAUGCUUUAAAAAAAGAAAAAGGUUUCGUUGUUUUUGACCAAUCUAAAUCCGGAUUUCGAAAUCAACAAUUCGAUUUAUCAUUCCAUUUAUAAUCUUAGAUUGUAAUCUAAACGAUCCACCUUCACGCUUGAAUCAUUCAGACUGGAAUCGCUGCAUGGUUUUGGAUUUUUGUUCCACUGCUUUUCGAUCGCAAGAAUGUGCUCGUUCGUCAAGUAAUUAGUACAUAUGGCGGGUCAAGGUCAAUGCAGGCAAAAGUUAUUUAUACUUCACCUCUGUCUUAUGCCGCUUAAAGAUUGUACUAUAUUAAGCUCAAGAUGCACUGUAACUCUAGACCCGCAAAGACGCGAAGACACUUGAAGAUUCUCACCGCAAAUUUGUCCAAUAGCGUAUUUCUGCAUGUUUAGGACUGACCUCGCACCGUUUUUUAGGCUACGUAGUUGUCUAUUGAGCACAUGUGUUAGCCCAUAAUAGUAACGCAGAUGACGUAGGGGAAUUCGGUCCCAGUGCCCGCGGAAGUAAAAAAAAAUAAACAAAAAUAACCUCUGGAAUUUUGGACCCUACACCUGACCACGCAUAUGAGAUCAGAACGAAUUUUUGCAUCGUUCAUAGACCUUCAUAUUAGGCCACGUACGGGAAGAAUUUCAGAUGCGUCAUGGUAAAAUCGGUAAACAAGCCAGUCUCGCUGGUUUAGUCACGUAAACCUGUUUUUAUGGUUUCCCGUAUUCUUUUCAUAGAAACUGGAAACCCAACAAAUCCCAAGCGAUUACAAUCACUUGACUGCACUUCUUCCAAUUAAGUAAUGCCGUCCCGUAGGAAAUGCACAUCUCCUAGAAAUAAAGAGAGGAAGCCCUUAGUAUCCCCUAAAUAAUACCUGACACAAAAACUCAAAUCUUGAGCCUGACAUCCGAUGAAAAAUUUUCAACUAGUCUCUCAAUAACUUUAAACAAUACCUCACUAUGACAGAUAAUGCCCUCGAUAAAGUAAUGUGAUAUAGGUCAGCGGAUUUCACUUUACUUUUAUGGCGGAGCUUGGGUAUUCUAUCCAUCCGAGAAAUUUUGAUUGUGACGUACGGACCCGUCCGCUCGUACAAUUCUGGGGGUAGGGGUAAAAAAAACAUUAGGGUAAGGAAAGGAAUCCCAGACAUGUACGUUGCGUUUCGUUUCUGCGCAAAAUUAACCAUUUUAAUUAGGGGCAACCAACGGGGAGUUGUGUGGGUUAAAAUCUAGAUUGAAAUAUCUUGUGUUAGGAAUAAAUUUGGAAGGCUUUAGUUUUUGCUUAGUCACGCUUUGAUCACACUCCUAUUCCCUCCCGCUUGGUCAAAAUUUUGACAGGUGAAUUCGUGCGUGAAGUUCUUCCACAUCUAGAAAUUUGUUUUGGUGACAGUCUUGCCGACAACUAAAGCGGUCUAUUCAUUUCAGUUAAGGUGGCCCGAACCUAUUUAUAUGCCUGUUGGUUAUGUUUUUGAAUCGCGUUUUUAAGCCGAAGCUCACAGUGUCAAAAGUGACCAUAGAGUCAGCUUGAAUGCCAGCGGUUUUUCUUGCUUUCUCUCUAAUAACGUAGAUUAUGCAGCGCAUGAAAUAUUGUAAGCUUUUACUGAGCGCCAUGCCAUGAAUAUUGAGUAAUUAGUUCCUGUGUUUUAUGUGUUUGCAGAUGUUUUCUGACAGGAUUUGAUCACUGAUGCAGUUUACCAUUAAAAUAGUUUUCUUUUAUCUCGGUUAAAGCUUUAUUAUAACCUGAAUGACCAUUUUAUUGCGUCUAAAUAGUUCCGUUGGUUUUUUUCCGAAAUGCCUGGACCCGGACAACUACAUUUAUGUAUUUUUUUGCCCGUUAAUAUCAUGAUUUCUUGAUUUGUUUUGACGCAAAAGGUCGGCGAGAUUACGGAAUACUUGGCAGAUCGAGUAUCUACAGCGAUUGGAAGACGUUAGAAAAGCACUCGGCAAAUUUACAAUCGUUUUCUGGACUUGAAGGAAUUUUCUCAAAUCUUUUUUUCUUUGUUCAAGAUGAAGGCUUUGAAGUUCGAUCUGCUCUUUCAUUGUUUACUGUAAACGCUGUGUGCUACCUUCCUUCUGUUGACAUUUCUAAUCUGCCCCAACCGUCAUGGGCACGUGAUCAUGAGAAUUGGACCCUCAGAAUCCCGCCUGUCAGAAACGCUCAUGUAUAUCGUUGUGACUCUGCUGAAUACCAGAACGAGCUUGUGUGCACUAAUUCGCAGACGGACUAUACUUAUGCUUUAGAUAAUGCGUGGGCCGGCUCCAAGUCGCAGGCUAACACAACAAGGGGAUCGUCGUUUAUAACUAGUAAUAGUUCAUGAUAGUUGACACUAUACAGCUUCCCCGCUCUGUAUAUUGUCUGUCAAUAGUAUUCUUUGUCAUUGUGUAGCUUUUUGAAAUAUGCCGAUUCAAGAUUUUCACACAUAUUCGAUACAAUAGGUGAGAUCAGAAUACAGGAAACGCAUGGUUCUAAGCACAGUUUCAGUUCGAUUUACAGCUAUUUACAUAGCUUUGAUCAAAACAUUCUCACUUUCGAGAACAGUUUAUUCUAAACCAUAAGAAAAUAUUUAAUUAGAAGUUGCAUUUUUCGCUAUUUCUCUUUCACUUUUUACAUUCAGUUCAUUUUAUUUGCCGGAAGUAAGUCCUAGAGAAAGCCCUAAAUCAAUUCACGCUCGCGCAUUCUAGUCUUGUUUUAAACUUUAUAGGGGAAGGACAUCUGUGCGCAGGGAAUAAGUCAGCACAGAAUUUGAUUGUCGACGAAUUUCUGUAAUCGUCUAUCGUUCUGCUAGUGAUAAGCUAGCCGUUGUUCACUCGUCUUGCUUGUUUGGGGCUGAGUCUUAUUCCGGUCAAAGAGAGAGAAAGAGUGUCUGGCAAAGUUUCCAAUCAAAGAUUUGUGAACUCGUGUCUGACAAACUAUCCAAGUGUUUAUAUAUACACAGUUAUACUAACCUUAUGACUUCACCUGCGCUUAACGAGUGUCUUUUAAUCCAUAACUUUCGAAACAACUGCUCCACGGAAUGUCACUGAUAACACAUAACGCAAAAGAGUAUCGAAGUAUGACUGCACAAUUAUGUCACAAAAUCUACCUAAGCGGUCCGUUCGGGAUUUUCUGUCUUUACUUCAUCCUAACCAUUUCGUACUUGCUUGCGCAAACAAUAGAAACGUCAUCAUUACCUACCGAUUCCUCGCGGCCCCUGUUCAAGCAAAUCGAGAUUUUAUUCUGGCAUACUGACUGUAUAUUUCAACUGUAAGUACUUUCCUUAAUAUACGCGCGAGUUGGUGGAGUGCCUCCUCGGGAUUUCGCCUUCUGGGCGACAUCGCUGCGGGGGCAGUAAUGAUAAUGAUAACAAAGAUGAUGAUGAUGAUGAUGAUGAUGAUGAUGAUAAUGAAAUUGCAUCUCACAGAUUUCUGCAUCAUGCCAACCAGACUACCAGGACAUGACGAUUGUCCAAAAAAGAAUGAUGGCCAACUAGGAGAAAAGUGUGUCGCUAAAUACCUCACUGAGAAGGAUUGUAAGAGUCAAGGCGGAAAGUGGACAAGGUUCAUCACCAACGUUAUUGAGAAAACCGCUGGGGUCCUGAGCACUUGUCAUCAAAUCGGAGAUAUGCAGUUAAAGAAAGGCGUUCCGUAUGAGCCAUACAAGGUUUCACAAGGAGCAGAUGAACUAGAACAGUAUGUUCUUAUUCAGAAACCGCCUGAUGUUGUGUACGCACCUCCUACUUACGUCAACCACAAUGGAGUAACCACGGAGGGGAAGUUUUCAUCAUACAAGUGGAAAGUUCCGUGCUUUCCUUCCAACGUGACUCAGCGCUGCGUGUUGCGUAUAAGGUAAGAUAACAGAGACCGUUAGCAUCAGUUUUUCAUGGGAAACCGCAAACCUAAGAAUGUCAUGUGUCCACGGUCUUGCGGUCGCGUUUGCCUUUUGCAGUUCAGGUUUGAUUGGCAAGAAAGGGCUUCCAGCGGUAAGUGACUUACAGCAAGGUUUUUUUGCCACUAAAAACUGUCUUCAGCCUCACGUUUACAGGCACGAAGUAGCUUUCUAUAUCAACCUGUGAUGUGCUAGUUAGAUUUUUGAUCUCGAAGCUACAGUGAAUUAUUCAUGUUUAUUGGGCGAAAAAAGUGAUACACCUAGUUCGAUUUCGACGAAAAACAACAUGGUGCCACUAAAUAAUGAACGCCUUCCUAAAAUUUGAAAUCCCGGCAACGUAAUACUGCAAGUGCGUAACUGCAAACUGCACUUGCGGUUUCCCAUGAAAAAACCUGAUGCUAAAUAUCUCUACGCUGUAUUAGAGAGAUAAAGCAUCGCGUAUUUUUCCGGCGAAUGGCGAGGAGGGCGACGUGACCUUUUUUUUUUUGCGCGCCUGUCAUUUGCCGGCCGCCGUUUCAACGCGAGGAUGACAUUUUCCCGUGAGUAUUUGCAUCCCAUUUGUACCGACUAUUUCUUCAUUUUGAUCUCUUGUUUAUAUAUAUAGCCAUUCUUCGUUUGUCAUCCUUCUUCCACAUGUUCUAUCUGUAAAACUGACAGAGCUUCAAAUCCCAGCGGAAAAGAGACAGCGAAUGGCGAGCCUUGUUUUUACGUUUCGUACUAAUUUAUUCAGUUUGCACGAAAAUUUUGGAAUCGUGGAAACGUUAUCUUAGUACCUAGUUAAGUUACAAAUAUUUUAGAAGAAGAGCUCGCCCUCCUCCAGAAAUUUCGAAAAAUAAGAAGCUUGCCAGAAAGUUGAAAAACGACCCCUAGAGGAACCUGGGUCUCGUUGUUCUGGCUUCAUUUUAACUCCAUGAAAGAGAUACCAAAAAUAAGCUGGAUAACAAAUAGCUCUCGUUAUUUGUACUUUUACCAGUCAUGAUUCAAACUUCAUUUCUAGGCGGGGGGGAGGGGCACGUAACAAGAAGAACAGGAAGUGUGUAAGUAUGUUCAUGGGACAGGUAGUGCUGGGGACAUGUCUGAAUAGGGACAUUAGGUGUGGACAUGUGGUUCCUGGAAUCCGGAAUCCAUGGCGUGGGAUCAAGGAUCCAAGACUGUCUUAGAUUUCCUCACAUAAGCGACUGAGAUGGAUCUACGAUUAUUCGAGGUUUUUGUCAGUGUGAGAGAGACACCUUUAUUUAAUUAUAAGGUUAAAGGUGGCCCGUGCAGGUGCUUAAAGACAACCAUCUAUGUAACCUGAUUGCUUAUCUAUACUGAGCAUUGUUUUCAUAAAAUGUGCGUUCAUUCGAAGAAAAAGACAAUAUUCAUUUCUUGUCGUAGAUAUAACAUCACCACUGACGAUGUUCCACGCGAAUUCGAUGCUAAAGAUAAUUCAAAGUAAGUUCAAAUAAAAUCAGAGUUUGUAUUAUAUCGUUGUUUGAAGACGUUUGUAUUAAUUAUGCAAAUUUCUGUGAAAAAGCUAACCUCUUUGAUUACGAUUAAGAUUAUGCUUAUGAAAUAUAAUAAUGAUUAGGACAAAGAUCAGAGAGAAUGCAACCUCUGCUAACCGUGCAUUUAUAAAAAGAGGCUGGAUAUCUAUUGUUCAUUGGCGGAUCAUCUGAUGCCCACCCCUUCCAUAUGGUCAUGUAGCAGCUGCUCGGAAGAGAAGUCACCAAUGGUGUGUUUCCCUGACCCCAAGCAAUACUAAAACAAUUGGAGGAAUGACAUGUCAUUUUUUCCCGCGGUCAAUAAGGAGAUAUCUUCCGAGCAGCUCCUAUACUAUCCCUUCCAUAGCGAACAAUCUACUCUGGGCUAGCUUGUAUUUUUAAUCUCAAUCCUAUGUUGUAUGUUGCAGAGUGAAGGGUAACCCGAAAACUAAAGCUGUUGACAGACAUACAGAUCUUCAGCUCGCAUUGAACACCGCACAGCUUGGACGAACAUUUCAAGACAGAAGUCACGUGCUCCUGCUCAAACCGAGGACCUUUCUUGCAGAAAAAUAUCAGCAUUCCACCAUAAAAUAUAUCUUUGGUAUGGGAAAGCGAGGGAACAUUGUACAAACUUAUCCCGCCAUGGAAUAUCGCUUCUUUCCUGAAAUCCUUGAAGUUACAACAGAUGAUCUCGUGUGUUUUGUCUGGUCUGGUAAGAAACAAAGUUCUUAGUCGACAGUAAUACAUUUUUAUUUGGAAAUCGUCAGAAAACCGAAUCUACUGAUCUUUGAGGAUUCCUUAGUAGUAAUAGACUGAGGUGGUAGUGGUGAGUGGUAAGUGGUGAGUGGUAGUGGCAUUGGUGGAAGAAGUGGUAGUAGUAGUAGUAGUAGUAGUAGUAGUAGUAGUAUUUAUUUGUACGACAGUAAUAUUUUACAGUAUUACUAAAGCUAAUGUUUAUUUCUAAAAUUAAGUACAAAGCGAAGCAAAUAGUACUCUAAUUCAAUACAUUAAUCAGAAUAUUAAGUUACUCUUUCACCUGACAAGAGUAGUGUGUCGCUUACAGGGGCGUAGCCAGCUUUUUGACUAGAUGAGGCCCAGCUGACUUUAGCCUGAGAAAACAGCCGACAUUUCCCGACGCCACCACUUGUUUCCCCGUGAAGUGACGUCCGAGAAACGAGCGUAGAAAUUCCAUACUGAUGACGCCUCACUACCCAGCUCAGGGUAGUGUUUCUUACUAGUUGAAACAAAUUUCCCACACGGAACGACCAAUCAGAGGCACUAUCCAGAUCAGGAUAGCGCCGCGUCAAUCAGGAAGAAAUUUGUGCCCUCGUUUCUCAGACGUCAUUUCGCAGGGAAACCGUUAAUGGCGUCAGGAAAUGUCAGCUGUUUUCUCAGGCUAGGCUGACUUUCACCUCUACCUAUCCUGAAAAUUGCACGCAUGACUAGUACCCACUGACCUCACCAACUCUUUGAGCUCUUUUAGCUUUUAGCUCACUCCAACAAUGCAUUAAAGUGUAGGGUGCCCAGUUCCUAUUUUUCUCUUUUUUUCCCUUGUCUUAGCCUUUUCCUAUUUUCCCCUAUUUUUAAACUAAAACCCCCUAUUUUUCCUAUUUUUUAGCUGGUGAAGCCAAAAUUUGUAACAAAGUUGAGAAUGGAAUUAUAGUUGUACGUGUUUUAGAGAGAGAUUUAUCAUAAAGCAAGUAGUAUGAUGUUGAAUUUGAUAUUCUAAUAUUUAGCAAAAAUAAUAGUUACAUUUGUUCUUUUUAUGACCUCUAUUGCCUGUUAGAGUUGUGUCAAUUCUUCUAACACUGCGGAAAACCUGGUUCCGUACUUACAACUAUGCGUUCUUUUGGCCCAAACAAGCAUAUUGUCAACCAGCUAUCAACCGCAGAUUAAUAGAAGGAAAGCUUUCCAUGGGACGUUUUAGACCUAGUUCGAUAGCCUUUAAUGACAACGCAAUCGUAAGAAAUUUCUAUCCUAAGAAUUUUCACUCUUCGAAGCUUUUCAAAGAUUUGCCGCCAACUUGAAGGAAAUUUGCAUAUGAUCACCUUUGGUUAUAGAACCAGGCUCGACCUGUAGUCCAGCAUAUCACUCUGAUUACAGUGUAACUAAGCCAAUAAAUUAAACGUUACUGAUCAUUUUCAAUCCUUCUAAGUCGCGAAAGUUGAUCUAAAUCCUCCCAACGUAGAAGCCGAGGACUCGUAGCCUUUAUUACAACCGCGAUGGGGUGAAGGGAGGCUAUCUUUGCGACGCGGAAAGUACUAUUGAUUUUCUUAUUUUCUCCUUUUUUAAUACAAAGUUUCCUAUUUUAAUUUUCCUAUAUUCUCAAUCCUGAGCAACCAUGCCGCUGAACAUCCUGAGAGUGAUUAAACCAAAAAUUUGUAAGCCCGGGCCUACUGGCGUAUGGGCUGACUACCCCGGCUUUGGCGUACAUUAGUUCAGAUAUGAACAGAUGAAUUUCAGAACCAAUACAAUUAUUAGAUUCGGUUUUUGUGAGAUCCUAAAUAUUCAAGUUCUCGGUAAGGGUUAUCAGCCUCGGCCUUCGGCUCGGCUGAUAACACUUACCACGACCUUGAUUAUUCCGAAUAUCACAAAAACCCCAUCCAAUAAUUGUUUAUAAUCUAUUUUCUGUGGGCACAUGAUCGACCUGAUAUAUAGACCUACAAUAGUUCAAUCAUAACCGCCAUUACAUAUUUUAAAUUUCACGAAAUUUCGUCUUUCAUUAAAAUGUCUUAACUGAUAUAGACUGGAUUUACAUGUAGAAUAUUCUUCCUUAAAAACUUUGUUCAAUUCUAAUUUCUGAGAAUGUCCAAGACUGUGUCUUCAGAAAGAUAUAUAUAUUUCUCUUUCAUAUAUCGUCUUAUAUUAGCAUUAUCUAAAGAACGAGGAUCUAGAGCGGAUGGAUUGUAUGGUUCUAGUGAUGAAAUUGAAAUAGAUAGAACCCGAAAUUAUUAACAGAGGCAGUUGUUUCGACAGAAGGAAAGACUGUUUGACUAGAAUCAUUAUCUUUGUUGUUUGGAUAAAUGAAAUAUUUUAUUGCAUGAUGCGAAGUUUCUGAUAAAUUGGGAUAAUCAGUGGUAGUCUUCCAAGUUCGGCAAUGCAAGCGAAUCUAGAGGCCUAACUGUUCACUUCACUGAAGUAGCGUUCACUACCAGUGCAUAUUUUGCAAUAAGAAUGAAGCGUGUUUAAACAGUUUUGCAAUUCUGUUUUCGAUCUUGAUCAAAUCAUCUGCAUUGCAUGUCUGCAUAAAUAGUGAAUUUAUUUUUGUUCCAUUUGGAUAAACGAAUGGAUGAGAAAGUGUGUUUUCGAAUAAAUGAGCUAAAUACACACUGUAUAAUGAAAUUAAAAUGUAAUGGCCCAUAAAUUCGUGAUUAGAUCGUAGUUGAUACUCCAAGUAAUGCGUAGUUUUUUUUAGCCAUUUUAGGCAAUAUCGUGUUUAAAACAGACGAGCAGACAGUUUGGUAAAAAAAUUGCUUUAUUUGCCUCACCGUAACACUGCGCAUUAGUGGAAAAUUAUGAUUUCUAGGGUCUACUCCAUUAUCCCUAUUACGGAAUAAAGUAAAGGUCAAUCGAACAGACCUUUGAUAAACGUACUUUCUGUUUUCAGGAUCUAACCAUAAUCCCUCCAACUAUGCUGGCCAAGGGGAAGCUCGUAAGUUAUUUUUAUUGUUGUUGUUUUCAAUGUUAGUAGUAUCAGUACUUGUUGGACUGCCUCUCUCCGAUGUGGUUGCUUACCGCUACGCUAAGAUCAAAAGAAUGAUGCAAUCAGCAUCAGAACGUUACACGGAAACGGGGCUGCCAAAACACUUAAUUUUCCAGAAACCUAUACUGAUCCAAGAGUUUCUUGUUUAUUGCCAUCUCCUACCAUAUCCUAUCAUACAAUAUACUUCAUCGUGACCAAUCAGGUCAAUAACCAUAUUUUAUUAUUCAUUCAAAAUAUUUUCCCGUUUCUGAUUGGUUAAAACCAAACGCAUAAUUCACCAUAACCAGCUGCUGAAUUGUCAUAUUGAACCGAUGACGUCAAAAUGACGUCAAAAGUGUUAUAUUGAACGGUUGACAAAGAAAACAUGGGGACGAGAUUGAAUUGUUUUGGUUCUUUGAACAAAUGGAGGAACUGUCGGGCGGAACAUUGUGCUAUCGCAAGAACAGCAAGAAGUCAACUCGACGGACAUCUGCUAUCUGGAGUAUAUUUACAGACCUGAGCAGACCUUUAUCUGCUAAAUUUCCCGAUAUAAAUGCACUACCGACAUGAACUUAACAUCCAACGAGGUAAGCAUGUUUUAGGUUGUUUUAAGUUGGCGUUAUUUCGAACACAGACGUGCAGUCGACAGAACUAACAUUAAAUCUAAACCCACCGCUGUUUCUGAACACUUUCUCUCUCUCUCUAACCAUUCUUAUACUGAGAUGCAGUUAAUCCCACUAGAGAAAAUUCAUUCUUCACGUGACUCAGUUCGUAAGGCCAGGGAGUCGCAUUUGAUAGAUAAAGCCAUGACUCUGGAACCUCAUGGCCUAAACCGCCGUGACGAAUUAUUGUAAUCCAUAUCCUUAGUAUUUGUUCCUUUCCAGUUUUUAUUUUGUAUGUCAUUUCCACGUCCCCCUUUUAAACAAUUUCUAUUGCGACAUUCUCCGUCAAUAUAAUAUUGUCAUUCCUACAUAAGUUUAGUAACAGCUGUAACCUGAAGAAGGCUGGUAUGGCCAGCCGAAAUAUUGUUAUAAAAAACAAUACACGUUGCUUUAAAUCAGCUUUGCAAUAGUCUUUGGACUUCUCGUUCUUGGUUCUUUAUAUUUUGGCUGAUUAGAUCUCUUUUCUGAAGAUCCAGCGUUUACAACUAGCAGGAUCUUCGUCCACGGUUUUUGUAGUUAAUUUAAUCCUUUCUUUCGAUAAGCGCUCCUCCUUUCACCCGAAAUUUGAAAUAAGCUCCCGGGCACUUAUUCAAUGAAAAUAAGGUAUAUAUUUACUUCUAUUCUGGCAACUGUUAUCAUUCCUGUCGCUGGCAUUGUCUAACAUCGUAUCAGAGGUGUCGAUUUAGAAACCACCCGGGCCACUGAGACGAACCGACACUGUGAUAGACUAAAGGUGAUGUUACACGAGAUCUACAAUUCCCGACGAUGAUUUUGAGCACAAAACAACGUCGCACCAUUGUUGCGACAUUGUUUCGAAUUGGUACAACAUUGUUCCAGCAUCGCAACGCUGUGUUGCGCUAAUAAUCGUCUUUGCGAAUCGUCCCGUGUUACAUCAUCUUAAGAGAACAUGGUUUUGAUGCGCACGAUCGUCUUCAUUUAAAUUUCAGAAACUGAUCGUACCAACGUGUGCUGGGUAAAGGAAGGAUGCAGUUCUCUCCAACCCAGAUCUUGUUCUAGUUUCCCUUUUGAAGUGGUAGAACACCUGGAUAAAUUUGACUCAGAUAGUUUAAACCUAUACCUCAACAAAGGAUGUUUCAUCGGUAACAACCUAGAUGACGAGCUUAAUAAUGCACCGGCCUCGUGCAAUCCCCCGUGUUUCCGAAUGAAGGUACCUGGAGAGUACUGUUACAUGAGCACGCGCAAUAACAACUUCUCCAAUCGACGCCACGUGGGAAAAAUCAUUGCCAAAGCUGGCAAAAAAAUCCCAGCCGAAGAGUUUGGAGGCGAGUCACAUCCGGGAUUUUCCUGUAAAGAUAUCCAGCUCCACUCUAAGAUGAAAAAAAAAGGAAAUGGAGUCUACUGGAUCAGACUGAGAAGGAAAGGUGGUAAGUACGUGGUGUAACCAUCAUAUAGAGGUAAAGCUAUUUCACUAGCAAUUUAUGCAAUUUAAAUUCAAAAGAGAAAUUUAAUGGGACGGGAAAAAAGACAAGGUGAAUCAAAGGUAACCAAAAGUCGCAAAUGUUGCCACUUGUAAUGGAAUCCGGAUUACGCAAACCGUAAACUUUUUGCCUGCGGAAUCCGGAAAACAGCUCAAGAUGUCCUGAAUCCCACUAACAAUUGGAAUGAAGUACCUGGAAUCCGGAAUGCACGGCGUAGAAUCUAUAAUCCAAGACUUUAUCGGAUUCUCUUAUUUGAGGCAACAAAUGAUGUUUUGCCACACUAAACGAAUCUAGAUUUGUACAGAUCGAGAGUACUAAUUUAGCUCGUGGCCCUUUAUUGUGACACAGCCUCUGGUGAGGUCAUUUGCAUAAGCUCCAUUUAAAACGAAUAGACCUUAUUCACGAUAGUCGCCAUCUUUGCACGCGCUCUAGGAUCGAUGGGAUAAAACAUAUGUCACGUGGUAUUUCAGGGGGCAAAAGUAAUAAGGUUUGCCAAUACAAGUAAUCGCGGUCGAGUAUUUUUUAAUUUCAUCAAAACGAGACGACGAUUUCAUAGUCAUGGAAAUGUACAUAUUAUCGAGUUUUGGCAAGAUUUAUGUCAUUACUGUGUACCAUGAGGACAUCUACGGUCGCUACUGCAUACGAAGACGUAACAAUGCUCACCUCCGCCCAUAUUUAGACAUUAUUGUCUUUAGGAUGAAAAGAUCUUCAUUUCCUUUUGUAUAGAAUAAGCAGACUCAAUCGCGAUUUCUUCCAUGGGCCAUUGUUUUGCACUUGUCUCCACCUGAGAAACCUCGUGACUUUGCUUUUUUUCUAUCAGUCCUUAAGGGCGUGCAAAGAUAGCGGGUAUCGUGAAAAAGGCCUAUUAAAACAGCCCUAUUAGAGAACUGCUGUGGGUUUGUGGCUCCAAGAAAGAUUCCAGUAACUACUUUUUGGCCUACAGUUACUACGUAUGAAGACCCAAUUGGCCAUUUCGGAGUUGCGUAGGGAACUGGGGCUUGUUUCAAAUUUAAACUAAUCGAUAAACUGACGCCACCAUAUAAAAGGUCAUGUUGAGAUUGGUCAUUUGACCAAGUUUGGUGUUCUAAAGUUGAACAGGGAUCAAGUGAUGACUCUUGAAACAUGGUUAAAGAUAUAUACAAACGUCAUAAUUUUGUGACAGCUUCCCCCAAAACCAUAUAAACUCUUUAAAAUUUUUCAGUUUGUCUUUUAAACUGUAAAAUCCGUCAUGCAUCUACUACUUGGAGGAACUAAUUCGAGAAUCACUGUGUUUGGCCAUUUUUAGGAAUAUCGCAGAAAUCGUGAAAAAAAAAUUAAGAGUUUAUAUGGUUUUGGGAGACGCUGUCACAAAAUUACAGAGGUUUGUAUGGAUCUUUAACCAUGUUUCAAGAGUCAUAACUUGAUCCCUGUUCAACUUUACAGCACCAAACGUGUCAAAAAAAAAAACAAUCUCAACAUGACCUUUUAUAUGGUGGUGUCAGUUUAUCGAUUAGUUUGAAUUUGAAACUCGCCCCAGUUCCCUAUGCAACUCUGAAAAUGGCCAAUAAGGUACCGUGUUUUGCGCAAAAGAAGUCGUCAAGAUCAUUAUAAAAAGGCCUGGACCUUGUCUUUGCUACGUCAGUGACAGUAAUUACAACGGUUUUACAACUUCUCAUAUCCGCUAAAUUACUCAAUUAUGUGUAUAAAGGGUGUUUAGAGUCUCUCAAAAUGGUGAAGUUGACAGCUUCCAGCCAAAUACACUCUCCAUACCAGGCCCACAAUGCAGUUAAGAAUAGCUAUGGUUGGCAAUCUUCGAUAAGGAACGACAAGCAAUGGUUGCAAGUGGACCUCGGCAAGAAGACCGAUGUGAAAGGUAUCAUUACCCAGGGACGAUUAAACGCAAACUACUGGGUUAAGGCCUAUACUAUAUCUUACAGCGACGAUGGUACCAACUUUGAACCCUAUAAGAAUAACAAGGUAUGAAAUCAGUUGAUGACGUUUCCACUCAUCUACAAUUUCCAAAACGUAUCUAAUAAAUGCCCUACGAUUUUCUGGAGUUUAGUUUUUCGUAUUUCACUCACUACCCAGAUUCAGUUAUUUUUUGCAGAAAGAGGAAACCUAAAAUUUUUCUGAUUCGAAAAUGCGAUGGAAAGAGGAAUCUGAUAAAUUCUCACUUUCGUAAAACUUAAAAUUACGUCUAAAGUUUUUGGGAAAAUAAUGCUGAAUUAAAAACGCCCACAAAAUAUCGAGAAUUUCUCCCGACUUUAAUUUAUUUGUUAAAACAAUCGAUUUUCAGCUUGUUAGUCUCGCAUGCUUUAGCGGCGAAUCUCAGAAAAUGAAAGGGAUUCUUUUUUAUUCGUCUGUGAGCUCCAAAUCGUCGGCAUGGUCCAAGGCGUUCCUAGCGGAGACCGUGGAAACUGGGGAUAAGUAUCUCGGCAUGACGAAAGCCAUGCAAGGAAGAUUAAUGCGAAAGGUGUAGAGCUUUAUCGGAACGGGUCGGUCCACGAAUUCUAUCGCUUGAAAGCGUCGAUCACUUUGGAACAAGUGAAUACUUCAGUGGUUGAAAAAAAAGAAGAAUCUUCGCCAUCAGGCAUUAUUAGUUGCGAUAUUUUAUUGUAUCGUCUAGCGACCCGAGCGCAUCUGGGCAAGCCGACUCUGUCUUUCCCAGACUCCUUUGCUCUGUGGACGUUGUUCUUGUGGUAAUUUUUCUGCCAUUAUGAGGCAGUGUCUGUAAAAGCGGUCAGGUGCUUUCGGGGUCAAAAAAUUGUUUGCCCUCAAACUUUGCCCAGAAAAUCAUCUUAGUUCAUAAGUAAAUGAAAGGACUUUCGUUUUGGGAAAUAUUUCAAAAUACAGAUUUUAGAGCGCUCAACUGUCAAACUGCCGAAUGCCCUAAAUUUGCGUCUGGCGAAACCCAAAAAUUGGACAAAUUACUAAGCUCGCUUCUCCAAAUCCACAAAAAGCGAGAAAAAAUGAUUAUAAUUUCUAGGUAACAGUGUUUAUUAUCAGUAUGAAUGGCAUGAGAAUUUUGAAUUUUGGAUUUUGAAUUUUCUGUGUCUACAGAAAAAUAAAUUUACUAGCACCUAUGAGGGGCCGUUUUGAAAGCGCAGCAAAGUACCCUAUCUUUGCUGGCAAUUAUUUCGGAAGACCAGACCUGCCUACUCUGAUUUUCUAUUUAAAUCAACUAAGGAGAUGCUAAGAAGUAGAGAAAUAUAAAAAUACUUUGCGCUUUUGAUCUUCCUUUAACGCAGAGAUUUUGAACUUUGGUGUUUUUGAAGACACGAACGCCGUCAAUUCUGCAAAUUAGCUUGAUCAAGAAAUUGCAUUAAAAAGUGUUGUACCCUUGAAAUUUUUUGGUUCCUUUGUCGGCAAUAUUCCUAGACUAAGCAUUUUAAUCAAAUAAGUUUCAGUUUAGAAUAAGUUUCAGUUUAGAAUUACGCUGUUACUAUAUGAGGCUUCAGAAAAAUACAUAUGUUUGAUGGUACCCGCUUCAGGCCGAAUGCACUGGACCGCUUUUACAGACACUGCCUCUUAAAGUUGUUCGGAUCGUGUUUUGUUGAUCCAACUUCCCUUGUUGACUUGUGUGGUGGCAGCGGUUAAAACGAACUCCACACCUCAUUAGUGAAGAAGUUUUCCUCGCUACAAACUUGUCAACAAACAUCGAACGGAACCCAACAGUCAGCGAUAGCGUUCACUGGAUAAAUGCAGACCGACCGAAUGGCAGCCACUCCGAAUGCACCGAAACUGAUUAUAGUGCCUUACCAAGAAGGAAACCGUAACUUUCUUUGAGAACUCGUGUAGACCCCUUCCUUAGACGCCACGUGGUUAAAGAAGGACAGAAACAGUCCGGUUCGCGGCUUCACCGAUGAUGGUUCUUCAGUACCCGAAGCAAGUCGCCGCACUGCUCAACAAAAAGUGAGCAUGCUUGAGUUAAUGCUUGGCCAAAUAGCAAAUUACUGUCCAGUUAUCUCCAGAAACACCAUCGUCAAGAACUCAGCAUCUAUGGGUUCCAUUUGGUAUGCCAUACGCCUGCAUUUCGGCUUGGAAGCCACCGGAGUGCAUUUCUUUCAUUUUUCAGAAAUCCACCUCGAGCACGGCGAACGACCUGAGGAUCUCUACCAAAGACUUAUGGCCUUUACAGAGGAUAACCUCCUUCGCAGCAACAGUGCAACAGUGUCCAACAUCAUGGAGCCCUCCUCUCUAAAGAUGAAUAAUUAACCCCACUAUUGUUCUCCCUUGGUUACGGCUUGUGUAUUCUGACCUCCCAAAACUAGUGAAACAACGUUACGGAACUGAACUCCGCUCCCGCACACUUGCCUCCAUCAAGCCUGAGACCUCGCAAACUCUCCAAUCUUUUCUUGAUGAAGUCCGUGCCACUGAAGAUGCUAAGGUCAUGGGCACUACUGCCUCCUCCUAUCGCAGGCCCGCUCAAGUCGCCAAACCCACCACUCGCUUCCGGAUACGCCCUAAAUCCUGUCCCCUCUGCACCAAUACCUAAGCGAGUACACUUAUCUCCGUGACACCGACCGAAAGUUCAUCGCAAAAGCUAGGCAGAUCAUGGGCAUCCAGUUCCCCUACGUGGACACAUUUUAUUGUCACAACCCUGUCCUUAUUACCAUCGACAGUGGGGACACUGGUAACAUGAUUCGCUUGUCCACUGUUCAGGAGCUGAAAGUUGACAUUUGUAAGAGUACCCAGUCCGCCCAUCAGGCGGACGGAUCAUCCCCACUAAAGGUCAUAGGUGAAACCAAGCUUUCCUUUACUCGCGGAAAACAUGUGUUCCAGUUUGAAGGACUGGUCGUGCAAAACUUGGAUGUAGAGGUUCAUGCCGGUACCCUCUUUAUGGAGGCCAAUGAUAUCGCUGUUCUUUCUGCCAAGUGCCUGGCUACCCUCGCGGAUGGCACCUCUUUCACUUACCUCUCUUCCGAUGAUCGUUCUACACAGCAAACUGCGCUUCGCGCUAUGGUUCUCCAUGUUUCCUCAACCUCAACCACUUUAUGACCCGAGAUUAUAUCGAACUAGAACUCCCACAAGGUCUCCCUUCAGACUCGCUCCAUGCCUUGGAGCCCCGCUCCGACAUAACUCAGGUCUAGCUAGUAACCACUUCAGAGCUCUGGCCCCCUCCUGGCAUUAUUUCUAGCGUAGCAGGAAGAAUACGAAUCUUAAACUUCUCAGGCGAGCCCAUUCAUCUUAGACGACACGAACACUUUUGUCAGGUUAGCCCCGUCUUCACCCAUUGUACUACUGAGCAUCCUCAACACACUGCGGACCGCUGUACGCAAUCAAUCAACCUGUCGCCAAUCAAUCAACCUGCUUGCAGCUUCGUCCAACGCACUGAGGAUUCCGUGGUUCUCCAAGCAUCUGUCCAAAGCAUACUGUCAGGAACUGCUAAACUUCCCUUCACUAGCAAAGCUGCUUGGCUUGCUCUCCGGGCGGAGUGUCCGACCUACAGUGCACUCAUGCCCAUCUUACGCAAGGCACACGCCCUUCCAAGAAGUUGAAAAAACGCUACCUUAAUGUCGCACAAUCGCUUCAGAUGGCUUACUCGUUGUUAAACCUAAUGAGCCACUAGUGCUUACCCAAGAGUGUAUUAUCGUCCCUUGCCAGGUCCUCGACAUUCUCUUGUCUGCGUUACACGUCCACCUCAGCCCAUCCACCCUUCUAGCAACCAAUUGAAGAUCAUCAGCCAACAAUAUCUUUUUGCCCUCGAUAUGGACAAAGCUGUUAAUCGCGUCACUACUAAUUGCCACCAUUGUGCUUCACUUCGCACAGUUCCAACUACUGUGGUAAAACAGUCUACGAAUCCACCACCUGAAACUGCGGGUAUCUCCUUUGCUGCUGGCGUCAUCAAACGAGCCAAACAGUUUAUUCUUGUCUUACAUGAAUGCGUUACUUCCGGCACGGUAUCAAGCCUCCUUCCUAACGAGCGCCACGACACACUACGAGACGCCCUUAUCAGCCGUGUAUCCACAAACUGACCCCGCCUCUUGUUUCAUGUCCCUCGACAACGGCCCAGUCCUUCACGACCACAGAAUUGUUCUCGAGAUCGGCAGAGUCAAGAAUCGAGACAAGACCCCUGUUGUCGAAAGAGCAGUCCAAGAACUUGAGCCACCUCCACCUUGAAUUCACGAAUUCGCUCUCGUGGAUUGUCCGCCCGUGAUCAAUUCUCUAACAUCCAGAUCCCACUAAGCGACUAUGAUCUGAUCUCUCAACAACACACCCUCCGUAAGGCCAACCAUUCCAGCAGCGAGAAGUCCAAAGUGGCCAGUAGCCCCUCAGUCGUCAUUGGUGACCUGGUGUAUCUCUAUUUUGACCGAAAGAAAUCUCAAUUGACAGAUCGCUACGUCCAUCGAUGGUGCUUGGUGGUAGGUUAGAAAGUACCUAUGGACGCCUCACCUUCCCUGCCACGUCACCCGAGCAGUGCGCCCUUCCACACCGAUAACGAGAACGAUACCCCCUUGCCUCCAGCCCCACCACGACCGAUACCUACAGCUCCUCCCACACCCACAUCUUUACUGUACCAGCCCACAGAAGAUGCGUUAGGUCCACCUAGCCCACCACCAGUUCCUGCUACUCUUUCCACACCUCCUUCCCCUCCGGAUACUGGCCUGGACGUCGUUCCCACGCGACCAACACGCACCCGCUGCAUUCCACAAUACCUUUAGGACUUAAACUACCACUCAAAAUAGACGAAGCAAAGAGACGAGAAAAGAGGCAGUUGCGCCAUUAAGCAUUAUUAUCAUUACAAGACCUUCGGCCUCAUGGGCUAUUGACUCAGAGCCCAUUCGGGCUCGAGGAAUCACUGUUAAAUAUACUAUGAUGGCUAAGCCAGUCAGAGCUCGAGAAUUGCAUUAUCCAAUGAUUCAGUUUUUAUUAACACGUAUUAUACUAAUAUCCCCACAUGUAAGGGAAUCCGGAUUCCGGAAUCCGGGAAAUUGUUGCUCGCGGAAUCCGGAAUUCAAGUAACGAUUGGAAUUAAGAAUCCAAGGUCAAGACUGGAAUCCACUACCUGGAAUCCGGAAUCCAUGGCGUGGAAUCCGGAAUCCAAGAAUGUCUUGGAUUCCCUUACAUGGCGCGACUUAUAGGCACUUCAUUUACUUCUGCAGGUGUUCGAGGGAAACAAAAACCACAACGGCAAGCAUGUGAACUACUUCAGUCCCAUCAUAAGUGCACGCUUCAUCCGUAUAAAUCCUAAAACUUGGUACAGUUAUAUUACAAUGAGGAUAGAACUCUUGGGAUGUUCGCCAAGUAAAGUUUAUUUUUCAUUACUUAUAUCAACCGGUCCUAAAAAAGGUUUAAUAGACAGCGUGUACUACUGAGUGUUUGAUUUAUCGAUGCGCGAGGGAAGGUUGCUAAGCACGGAAGAGGAUCACGGGCGCCUUAUUCGACUCUCUUUAGCUUCUUCAUGAGUUUAUGCAAGCCUCCCAAGCGCGUUAAUUACUCAGUAAUACAUUUACAUGCUGAGAUAUUAUUUACUAUUUUUUGUAUAGGCGAAUCUUUGCUCACAUUUUUUGCCUCAUUGGCAUAUGCGUUUCAUUCUCUGGUUAAGCUAUGAAAAUAGACGAAAAUUUCAGUUAUCUGUGAAAAUUUGAGCCCGGUACACCCAAUAGUUUCGAAGAUAUUAUCUAUGAAAAACUCGAGACUUUACAAAGAAUGUAUGAGCUCAUUAAUUUUUUUUUUGCCACCCAGUAAUUUCGCAGCCGUUUUCGACGGCUGCUAUUUCCCUUUGUUAUUGCUUGCAAAGAGCUGAAAGUUGCACAUAUUGCUCAAAUUAAUCAACUCUUUCAACUUCUAUAUUCAAUAUCUGCAUACGGUGCCCGGGAAUGGGGUCAGGGGGGUACUUAACAGAAUUUUGUACGGGGAGGCUCCUCCCCGGGUGCAACCCCUUACUUUUUUAUAUACCAUUUACCCCUUUCGUGUACCUUCUAUUGACAAAUGGUACCCCUUUCACAAAAAUAAAAUGUUUUCUCGACUUUAUAAAUAAUGGUAAUUGAACUGAGUGAAGUGCAAUUUGGUCUGAAAUCAUACACGUGAGUUUAAAAUCGGACGAGCGUGCAGCGCGAGUUCCAUUCGAAUCACAAGUAUGAUUUCAGACCAAAAUUGCACGACACGAAGUUUAAAUACCACUUUAUUACAGCCAUUUUGAAAUCGCAUAAUUCCGUCAGUACCAAAUUAUGUCGUUGUAGGAUUCGCCUUUUUGAAAAGUGGAAGCAAGGAGGCUUUUACACUCAUUUUGUGAUCGAAACAAAAAUGGUGCGAUUUAGAACAUGAAUGACUUGAUUUGGAACAGAUGUGAUUUAGAGCAAAAAAUUGUGUGAUUCGUGAAUAAAUAACACUGCUGAGAGCCAAUCAGAUUGCAGGGAACACCAGUAAUUUCAAAUAAUGUAAUAAAGCCAUAAAAUUCAUCUGUUAGCUCUUUUGGGCCCUUUCACAGGCCCAAAUAACAGAUUUCCCCACCCUUUCGCUUACUUCAACAUGUAAAGUCCCUACCCUUUCAUAUACCUGAGGCCUGAAAAAGGUUCCCCUUUCGGGCGGAAACCCCUCCCCCACGUAUAGGCCAUAAUAGGGACUACCCCCGCCGGAUACGGUGACGUCGUCUAUCAGUUAACUCUUAUGCAAAUGAGGAAAUAUGUCAGCAAUGACGUCAGCAAAGAUUCGCCUAUACCAGUGAUCAAAGAGAAAAGCUUUACCUUAUAGAUGGAGGGGAAAUAAUAAUAUUUAACAAAUGGACCAUAAUUUUCCAUGAUCUACACUCUUACAGACCAUAGAGAUGACGUCAUAAAAUGUUAAUUUCUAUGGUCUAUAAGAGUGUAGACCAUGGAAAAUUGUGGUUGAUUUUUUUUUUUACAAUAACGUUGAUUUUUAGUUUCCUGCGUAGUUUCUCGGAAAAUCACGCGCGCGCCAUUGUUGUUCGUAUUUUUGCUCUACCUUUGCAGCUUUAGUCACCAACUCACUGUCAGAAAUGUCUCCCCAUAUGUUAAAAUUUGGUUCUUCUUUGUCCAUGUUGAGAAGUAAAAUUAUUUUUACGAAAACCCAAAGACAAAGCAAUUGGCACUGCGUGAUUUAAUUAGAAGUUUAAUUUUUGGCUAUUUCUUUUUCACUUUCUGCAUUUAGUUCAUUUCACUUGCCGGAAAGUAAGCUCGCGCAUUCUAGCCUUAUUUUAAACUUUAUAGCGGAAGGACAUCUGUGAGCAGGGAAUAAGUAAGCACAGAAUUUGAUAAACUAGCCGUUGAAUCAUUCAAUCGUCUUGUUUGUUUUGAGCCGAGUCUUAUUCCGGUCAAAGAGAGAGAAAGAGUGUCUGGUAAGGUUCGGCUGAAGGUUUCCUAUCAAAGAUUUGUGAACUCGUGUUUGGCAAACUCACUUGGUGUUAAAAUGUACACUGUUCUACGCACCUUAUAACUUUAUCUGCGCUUAACGAGUGUCUUCUGGUCUAUAACUUUCAUAACAAAUGCUCCACAGAAUGUCACUGACAACACGUAACACAAAAGAGUAUCGAAGGAUGAAUGCACAAUUAAUGUCACUGAAGUACUCUGAAGUUAUUUUCCCUUACUUUUCUAUAGUCGAUAAAACUCCAUUUCAAGUUUACUGCGACAUGGACGCCGGAGGUAAGCGAUACACUCUAUACACCUGAUCGUUUUAACAUGACGUCACGUCCGCCUUGCUGGCGGCGGCCAUUUUGGAGUCCUAAAACCAAUCCAGUGUGAAUUGAACCCUUUCCCACUGCUUUUGUUGGAACGUCCUUUAAUUUUGUUCCAAUAAAUAUACAUGGCUGCUGGCCACGCUAGUGUUGUACCAAAGCAAUAACGCGGCAGCCACGUUAGUAGACUGUUCACAGUCCCCUGUGUUUUCGUAUAUGAUCGUCGGGAUAUAGCGCUUACCGGUACGGGCGGCAGUUUCAUAUGUGGCAAGAGGGUGGGUGUCGGGGCUUAAAGCGCUGGUUAUUUUUUCUCGCUUUCUCCCAAACUGCCCGCCAACCCCUAAGUAGAUUUGACACCUCAUCCAAGAUGGCGACGAUCUUACGCAAAAGUAGGGGACUUCGAACAGUCUGCCAUGUUGGUGUACCAAAAAUAAUCCUUUUUCAUAUGUAAAAACGUUUUAUAUAUUUGCUUAUUUCAUAGUCACAGUAAUUUUCAUCCUUGUGAGAUUUCUGAGAUACAAUAAUGACUAAAAUGUGUCCUUAACUGACACCCGUUUAUGUAACUUGCCGAUCAGGAGCUUGUGGAGUGGAAGUUUUCAUGAGCUUAAAAUCUUCCAGUGAAUGAGGGUCGUGUCCUCCUAUAAGUAGGUUGCCAUUCAUUAUUCGAAUUGUUCGGGUGCAGGUUUCCAGGAUAACAAGCCGACGUCUACUGCAAAAAAAAAUACUUAUAAAAAAAUAAUUUAUUGUUAUCGAUCGUUUUCAAUAUCAUUAGCAUACUCGUUAUCACCGUCAUUAUUAAAGUUAAUCGUUAUCUCGUCUUUCGCAUUUCUUUAUCAAGGUUGGACAAUGGUGUAUAAGGUUGUGUCAGGUUUGGAUCAAAAUGCCUAUUACGGCUACAAAUCUGAACAGACGAUAUCCGAGAAAGAAAAGAGUGCUCUUAAUGUCACCAAUGAGCACCAGAACCUCUAUAAGAACAGGAUCGUUUUGAACUGGAAAGCCUUUGACGCAUCUGAGGUGAUUUAAUUGUAACGAGUAACACUCAAACCUCUCUGAUAAAAGGACAUAGGGUUUAUUAAUUUUCUAAAAUGAAAUCUCUCCCUACAAAUUACCCACUCAAAACCAAGGGUAGAGCUCUUAGGCCUCUUCCACACGUACCCGGAUAUUUUUUGAAUUCACAAGUUUUUCUUUCCGGAUUCAAAACUUUCUACGUCCACAAGUAUCUGCAUCCAAAUCGAAAAUGCCCUUCCACACGUAUCCGACACAUAGGCCGGAUUCACUCUAUUGGCAACAGAGCAUGCGUCGUAAAGUCGGGCAAGAGAGAGAACCUGGGAACGAAGUUGGCAUCUUGAAUACAGUAUUCAGGGUAAAGAACUGGACUUGAUUUUAUUACGUCACCGGAUACAAAUUUUCCGGAUUUAGUAUUCACGCCUUUCCGAAUUCAUAGCGUGUUCAACAAUUUCCACUCUGGGAGCGGAUUCAAAAAGUCGCGGUUUCGUUUUUCAGAUUCACCGGAUACAUGUGGUUGGAAGCCGAAUCCGCAAAGGAAGAGUUGCGGAUUAAAAAAUAUUCGGAUACGUCUGGAAGGGGCCUCACGGUGUUCGAUUUUAACCAUCAACCGUCAAAUUUGGAAAAAUAGUGAGCUUACGCAACAGGACGGGAGAGGAAAGACGGCGGAAAACCUUGUGUGACAUGCGUGACAAUAAUUUUCGUUGAAGAAACCUUCCGCCAAACUUCACGUUCCUUUAAACAGAUCUUUUUGUAGAAGAGCUAAAAACAACAAUGUUAAGUGAAUUCCCGACAAAACACGCAAGUAAUAUCCCCGUCACGUUUGUCACACUCAAGCGUUUUGCCGUCCUCUUCUUUCUACCGUCCUGUUGCGUAAACUCACUAAUGUAACGGCCACCGUCAAAGCUACCACCCCAUUGAGAGCCGUUUGUGUCCCUCAGGGUAGGACGAACGUCGUGAUCGAAAAGCAUGAUUUAAUGUUUUUGCCCCGCGCCUAACUUAAAAUUGCAUUUAAAGGACAUUUCGCCACAUCACAAAGAAAUGUUUUAUCGCUUCGCCACCUCCCCUAACAAAGCAAGCUCAGGCGGGAAGAAAACAACACAAUCAGAAACAUGAUUGGUUACAAUAUGAGGGCACAUUCUGCAAGAACGUCCUACCUAAUUCUGUUCUUCAGUAUAAUAUCAUUGGUGCUGUGGCGAAUUACUCCUUAAUUUUUGCGCGAAGUUUCAGCACUAAUUUAUAAUUUCACAUGUGAAAUUGCAAAAAUGCCAUGGCAACCUUACUUUCGUCUUAGUGCCAAGAUGGCGACGAAAUUUAAAUAUGCUAUGUGAAAGAAUGAAGAUUUCAGGGAAUUAAAAGACGCUUUAGAAAAACCAAACACACGAAAUAGCAGAUCAAGAAGGAUUCUAACAAGUAUUUUGUCAAUAAAUUCUGAAAAUUGUGAACUUAAGCCAACGUGGAGUUCUCGAUCGACAUGAUAAAACUAGGAUAAACUUGUCAAACUCCACGAUUGCGAACUUAAUUCAUCACCCGUAAUGUUAAUAGGUAAUCAACUGGUAUGCUUGUAUAAUUUGGGAAUAAUUACACUUGCACAGUUUGUCAGAAUGUUAGUAAUUUCCUUCGCCUGGACAAGACGCGCGUGAAAUUAUUUCCUUACUUCACAAAUAAAUAAAUUGGAAAGAAGUAAUUUAAUUAAUGGGCAUUCGCUUAACCGUGAACCUGUCCCUUUAAGGGAUGCACUUGGAUCAUUCCUAGGUUUGCUAAGCAGCGAAGAAGCAGUUACUAAAACAAAAAUGCCUUCAAUCGUCUGAUACCAUAUUUUGCCAAAAAAAUCGUUCUCUCUAAUUGGACAGCUGAAAUACCCCAGCAUGGGUCUAAACAGAUUAGUGCAAGUAAGAUGCUUCGUGGCUAUGUGCUUGUUGUUAGCUUAUCUUUGAAAUUCACUAAAUAAUAUGUGUCAUUGUGUCGUCGGGAAACAGUUAAUUUUGUUCUCAGAGAAUCUCGCGCUCUCGCGUGCUUUCGACGGGAUUUUCCCGCUGUUUCUCCUCCCGUCUCGAAUGCCUGUAAUGAGGGCUGCGAAAUGUCCUGGCGAGAAACAGGGGGAUAUAAUAAAACAUCUGUUAUAUUUUUAGGCUCGAGUUGGUCUUUAUAAAAAGGGAAAGUUGUUAAAGGAACUGAUAUUCGACGCCCAAGGAUCAGACAACAAAAACUGGUUUAGCGCCUCUAAG